AUGCUGGACACUGGACGCACAACAUUGGGCCCGAGCACUCGCCCUGGAAUACCUCUGCCUCCCAGAAAACCAUGGCGGAAACUUUUAUAUGUCAAGCAGGACUACCCCGAUAACUACGUCGACGAUACAUUCCUGGAGGAGCUGCAAAAGAAUGCCAAUGUACGGCACUACGAGUACUGGUCGGUCGUACUAGAGUCCACCAUCAUCGGUCAACAUAUCUCGUCGAUCGUCAUCUUUGUCGCCAUCUUCAUCUAUCUCUACCUGGGAAUGCUCAGCUCACACGCCCUAAUCACCAUUGGAACCGCUGGAUCGGCAAUUGGUUAUGGCUUCUGGGAUUGGAGCAACACUAUGCUGACCCCCGACUCCAACUUCCAAAGAAGGAAGAUAUUCAAAGGAGCAGCACUCUUCUUCUUGACACUUCUGGGACUUACUCCGAUUCUCAAGACAUUGACAGAAAAGACAUCAGAGGAUACCAUCUGGGCGUUGACAGUGAUCCUAUUUCUAGCCAACUUGGCCUUUCACGACUAUGGGAGCGGGAACCGACGCAACAUCAAAUACCCAGGAUCCCUCUCGACCAAUGCAGCCAUUUUUGCGUCUGUGGUCCUGGCAUCACGCUUCAAGACCAACCUGCAUGUCUUUGGACUCAUGUCCUUUGCUGUUGAGUGGUUCGCUCUCUUUCCAAUGCUUCGGCGGCAAAUCCGGAGUAUAUCCAGCAGAGGAAACUUGGCGCUGACGAUAGUCCUAUUCUUGACGGCGACGACAUUGUUCAGUCAGAUUUCACCGGCCAUUGUCGUCAUCUACAUUCUAGGCAUGAUAUUCUUGACCUUUGUCUGCCCAUCCUGGCUCAUUUGGAUCCAGCGCUACAAAAAUGAGAUUCAUGGUCCCUGGGACGAGGCGAGACCCAAGAUUCUUCAUGGCCGGUCGUUUGACUACAAUUAA